AUGUCUUUCGAAGCAAUAGCAGCAUGUUCAGGACAAGGAACGUCAUUACCAGAUCUGAUAGCACGAGCAAGGGGAGUGCCAGUAAAGUCAGCACGAGCAAGGGCAGCACCAGCAAAAACAGCACCAGCAAACCCAGCACCAGCAACAUCACGUCCACCAACUGAAGACCACCACCUCGACGAAGAAGUCCGAGCCGCCGAAGACCCUUUCCACGACAACAACGCCGUCGAUAUCGACGAGAAUGAUCCCUCCCUUCGAACCAGCAGAUUCCUCCACUUCUUCAUCCAACACGGCAUCGACAGCUAUAACUCGCCCUCCAAUCAAGUCUCGCUCGGUACAUACCCGAAAGAAGGCUACGGCAGAGAACAAGGGCAGGCUUAUCACUAG